AUGGCCUCUGAAGAAAUGGAGCUCGACGAGCCCGUCCAGCAAGGACCCGACGACGCCCCCUCCAACAAUGGCAACAGCUCCGCCAAGCUAGCCGCCAUGCAGACGCUCACCAAAGCCACCGCCGUGCGCUCCAUCGAGGGCUGGAUUGUCAUGGUGACCAACGUACACGAGGAGGCCGACGAGGAGGCCAUCCACGACAAGUUCGGCGAGUUUGGCGAGAUCCGCAACGUGCACCUGAACCUCGACCGGCGGACGGGCUACGUCAAGGGCUACGCACUAAUCGAGUACACGACGCUCGAGGAAGCGCGCGCCGCCAUCGACGGCGCCAACGACACCGAGCUCCUCGACCAGAACGUGCAGGUGGACUUUGCCUUUGUGCGCCCGCCGCCGGGAAAGCAGGCUAACAACGGGCGGCUCGGCGGCGGGUCAGGCGGCGGGGGUGGCGGUGGCGGACAGCGCGGGUCGAAUCGCGGGGCGCGUAGCGGGAGGAGUCGCAGCCACCCUGGGGAUGAGGGCGCAAGAAAAGGCCAUGCGGCGUGGGGGAUUAGCCGAUGUGUCUGUCAUAUGGGGAGAUUAAGGCACGUCGGCAUCUUGCCAUGGCAGUUUAAUACCGAAGAUCUAUUCCAGGAACCAUCCCAGGCUCUACCAUCAUCCGGCUGA